AUGACGCCAUCACCUUCAGAAGCCGUAGCGAAAGUUGCGCAAGCGGCGUCGGGCACCGACUCGUCGGCCAAGGUAUACAAGAGGGAGUCUAACACAGCCAGAGUUCUGGGUGCAGGAUGUGCGGGAAUUGCAGAGCUCAUGGUGUUCCACCCAGUCGACACAACGGCGAAGCGAUUGAUGAGCAACAUUGGCAAGAUUGAAUCCGCAUCGCACCUCAACAAGGUCGUCUUCAGGGACAUGGCCUCCGCCUCCGCCUCCAGUCGAUUCCUGUCUUUGUUCCCCGGUCUCGGAUACGCCGCAGCAUACAAGGUACUUCAACGAGUGUACAAGUUCGGUGGCCAGCCUUUCGUCAGGGACUACCUCGCGCAGAACCACGGUGGCAGCUUUGACCGUACAUUUGGCAAGGGCAACGGCAAGGCAAUCAUGCACGCGACGGCAGGUUCGAUCAUCGGUAUUGGUGAAAUUGUUCUCCUUCCGUUGGACGUGCUCAAGAUCAAGCGACAAACAAACCCAGAGGCUUUCCGGGGCCGAGGACUAGUCAAGAUUGUCUCUGACGAGGGCUUUGGACUUUACCGUGGUUGGGGAUGGACGGCAGCACGUAACGCACCUGGCUCGUUUGCGUUGUUUGGUGGUUCGGCGGUUGCCAAGGAGUACCUCUACAAGCUUUCAGACUACAACUCUGCGUCGUGGAUGCAAAACUUUGUCGCAUCCAUUGCAGGUGCUAGCGCUUCGCUAGUAGUGUCUGCUCCUCUUGACGUUAUCAAGACGCGCAUUCAGAACAGGAACUUUGAGAACCCAGAGAGUGGCUUCAGAAUCGUGUCCAACAUGAUUAAGCACGAAGGUUUCACUUCCUUCUUCAAGGGACUGACACCCAAGCUGCUCAUGACGGGGCCUAAGCUCGUAUUCUCCUUCUGGUUGGCGCAAACGCUGAUCCCCGCGUUUGGCAAGAUAAUGUAA